AUGCGAGCACCAGAGGAGAGGAGAGACGAAGGAGAGGAGUAUGUGGGGAAGGGCACAGAAGCAGGAGCAUUUGGGGAAGAGUUGUCCAGAACAGAGGUAGAUGUGGGGAAGGGAUUGACUUUGGGCGGUGGUUCUGGUUUGAAGGAAAAGGUGGAGGAAAGUGUUGUGAGGAGUGAGGACGAUUCUAGAGCAGGUCAUACACGUUUGGAAGGAGGCGGUUCGGAAGGAGGCGGUUCAGGAGGAUUCGGUUUGGAAGCAGCUGGUUUGGAAGGAAGCGGUUUGGAAGGAUGGGAAGCGAAGGCAGGCGAUUUGAAUGUUGGUGGUGAGGAAAAAGACGAGGGGAGCAGUUGGGGUGUUGUGCAAGUGGGUGAAUCAGUGGAUGAGGGAGUGCAAGUGGGGGAGGAGGAUAAAGAGAAGGAAAAAGAGAAAGGAUUCUUGAAUCAAAAGGAGGAGGACGAAGCAAAGGAGGAAGAGAAGGAGGGGAAUGAGGAGGAGGAGGAAAAAGAGGAGGAAAACGAAGUGGGGGAAGUAGAGAGGAAGGAGAAAGAGAAGAAGGAAGCAGAGGAGGAAAAAAAGAGGAAUGCGAAAGAGGAAGCGGAAAUAGAGAUGGAAGAGAAAGAGGAGGAAGAGGGCGAGGAAGAGGAGGAGAAUGAGGAGGAGGAAGAGGAGGGUGAGGAGAGAGAGGAGGUGAUAUUGAAAGUGUACGGGAGAGAGCAAGGAAGUGAGGAUGGAAGUGAUGACGAAAAUGAGGAGGAGAGUGAAACAGAAAGUGUGGGAGAGAAGGAGGAGGGAAGAGAGGCAGAUGGAGAGACGAUAGGAGACGCGGGAGAAGAGGCGGGGCUGCAGGGGGAAACCGAGGAGAAGGAGGAGGAGGACGGGAGUUCCAGAGGAAUGGCGAGUGGGGGAGGAGGAGGGGGUGGAGGAGGAGGUGGAGGAGGAGGAUCAGGAAGAGGGUGUGAGGGGGAGGAAGAGGCUUUAUUGCAGCCAGAUCAGGAGAAGCAGGUGCGAGAGGAGGGGAGGAAGAGUAGGAGGAAGAGCAGGCAUGGUAAGCAUGGAGGCCACAGUAAAGCUGAAUCUGAGGAAGAUGAGGGAGUUGAAAGGGGUACUGCGAGGGUAGUGAAGGGGGAGCAGGAAGGGGAUGGGGUAGGGAGAAUGGGGAAGGAGCGGGUGCUUGAAGGAGGGAUGGGAGAAGGAGAAGAGAAGCGGAGGAAGAAGAAGGUAGGGGAGAGACGGGCGAGGCACCGAAAGGGAGAAGCAGGGGAGGAAGGGGAAGGGGAAGGGAAAGCGGGAGAGAGGAAGAGUGAGAAGGCUAGGAGUGCUGCAGUGGCAGGAGGGGAAUCAUUGCCGUCAACGCCAGGAGACAAGCCGUCCCUUGCCACGCUGCUUGCCGCCUGCCGCUCCUCCUCCCGCCCCCCCUCCCGCCCUGCCUCUCGGCCUUCCUCCCGCCCGUGCUCCCCUCCCAGAGCAGCAGCAGCAGCGGCACAUGGGAGCGACGCUGCUGCCCCUGCUGCUUCUGCUGCUACCACCGGUUCCCAACUCCACAGCAUCACCAGCAGCGGCGGCGGCGGCGGCGGUGGCGGUGGCGGUGGCGGCAGUGGUUCAUCGAAUGCGUUCUCCUUGGGCAGGCGCCUGUCUUCUGACACUGCUUUCUCGGAGCAGCUGCUGCGCGCCAUGCAGCAGGCCGAUCCCCUUCUUGCUGCUGCACAGGGCAAAGCAGAUCGCCGUCGGCGACUGGCACUCAAAGGCUCUACCGCCAACACCAACACCACUGCUGCUGCUGCUAUUGCUGCUGCUCGUGGCGGCUACCAGCAGCACUGGCACGGGCAGCAAGGGGUGCAAGGUAUGCAAGGGCUGCAGGGGCAGCAGCAGAGGGAGAAGAGUCAGCAGGCGUGGGCAGACGCACCGUCUUCUGCCAUGUUUGUCUCUCCAGCCCCUCACCUGCCCCCUCCGCUUCACCCACCUGCUGCUGGUGCCUCUGUCACCUCCCCUCCUCCUGCUCCCUCUGCCUCUAAACCUGUACCCCGCAUCAGCUCAUGUCCCACCACCAGCGCACCAACCACCGCUCCAUCCGAAUCAGCAAGCAUGGCUCUCUUUACUCCUGCUAGCAUCUCUGCCGCCUCUCCCUCUUCCCCUUCCCCUGCCACCGAUCCUGCUGCAGCCCGGCGAUCGCUAGGCUCUCGCGUCGUUGCACAGACUCUCUCCUUUGCUGAUGCUUGCACCACCCCUCCAUCCUUGUCCCCUCCCUCUGCCGCUGCCUCCGCCGCCGCUGCUGCUCCUGCUACUACUGUUUCGUCUGCUCGCCCGCCGAUUGCCUCCUUCCCUUCCUCUCGCUCUGUGAGUGGUGCCUUAGCCUCCUCCUCCUCCCGCCGCCGUCCCGCCACGGCGAGUCAUGCAGGGAGCAGGGGAGACAGGAGCACUUGGAGAAACAGCGGAGGAGCGAGAGGAGGAGGAGGUGGUGGUGGUGGUGGUGGCAGCAGGGGUAGGGACCUUCGGAGAGUGAGUGAGGGGAGGGUGGACAGUGACAGUGACAGUGGAAGUGACAAUGGCGCAGGUGCCUAUGCAAGAGACGAUGAUAGCAGUGAUGGGUUCUCCUCUGAUGGGUUCGACUCCCCUUCCUUCUCCCAACCCGAUGGUGCUACCACUGCUGCUGCUGCUGCUGCAUCUUCUCUUACCCCCCCUCCUGGUCCCAGUGCGGGGCAUGGGAGAAGAAGAGGAGCGGGUGGGGAUUCCCGAGGGAGCCCUGCGAGGAGACAGAGAGAGGUGGUUGCUGCCCGUGUGGCUGUGGGGGUUCAGCAGAGAAGGAGGUUGGUGCAGCAGAUGGGGUGCGAGGGAGAGGAAGAGGGAGGUGAGAAGCACGAGGGGGAGGACGAGAGAGGGAGACAGGGAGAAGGGGAGGAAGGGAAAGGGAAAGAGGUGGAGGAAGAGGGAAUGCGGAAGGAAGGCGGGCAGGAGGAUGAUGUGCGAGAGGGGAGAAGGAAAUGGCAUGGGAUUCAGGUGCAGCGGGAUCUUGAGAAAGCAGAGGGAGAGACAGACGAGAAGCAGGAGCAGCAGAGUCGGCAGGAGGUGCAGGGGGGGCAGGGGGAGCAGGGGGGGCAAGGGCAACAAGGGGGGCAGGAAGUGCUAAGGCAGGGAGGGGUAUAUAUUCAGGGGGAGGAGCUGGAGGGGCAGAGGUGGGAGCAGUAG